GGCUAGUGGAGGUGUUUCCUUACUUGUGGAAACUUUUAGCGGAAGUUUCAAUUCAUUGUAGAUACCACAGACGACGUAUAUAGUGAUGUAGAUGCCAAAGCGUUUCCCACGUAACAAAAGUUCUGAUGCUGCCUAGACCUGCGCGCACUUCAUGAUAGGCAAUGAAUGAGCGUUGUUGAGCAAGACGAUAUAUAUAUAAUUGACAGCAUCUUUAGGUCAUUAUAUGCAUAUUCGAAUAGGCUGCGCCGGUCGGCGAGGUGACAAGCAAAGGACAUACUGAAGUUACAUUUUGGAUGCGUGGAUGCAGAUGCGCAUGGAUUGCAGGUGUUGUAUUGCCUAUUUCCAACUCCUUGGAAUAUCCGUCAAUGAUUUAACACAAUUUAAAGCUGAUAAAUAAGAUCAUGGGGGGAGAUCAACUCGAUGCCAACGCAAGCUGGAAUUACAUGCAUAACGACUCAACCAAAAUGUGGAGCGACAACGCAUUCACAGCGCCUGUCAUGGUCAUUCUUUUGAUGAUGAUGGUAACUUUGGUGGUUGUGAUAGUUUUGGGAAACGCUUUGGUCAUUUUCGCCUUUAAAGUAGACAAGAGUCUGAGGAGGCAAAGCAACUAUUACUUCCUGAAUCUCGCCAUAUCGGAUUUUCUUGUUGGGGCAUUCUGCAUUCCAGUGUACAUCCCAUACAUCCUGACAGGGAGAUGGAUGUUGGGCAGAGGACUGUGCAAACUGUGGCUGGUCAUGGACUACUUGCUCUGUACUGCCUCUGUCUUCAACAUUGUCCUGAUCAGCUAUGACCGCUUCCUCUCUGUCACCAGAGCGGUGAGCUACCGUGCCAGACAGGGCAUGACCCACCAAGCCAUCAUGAAGAUGAUAGCAGUCUGGGUCCUGGCCUUUGUCCUCUAUGGCCCUGCCAUCAUCUUCUGGGAGCUGGUGGUGGGGAAGAGCCGUGUCCCAGAGGAUGAGUGCUACGCUGAGUUCUACUACACCUGGUACUUCCUCCUCAGUGCCUCCAUGUUGGAGUUCUUCUCCCCCUUAAUCUCCGUAACCUUCUUCAACCUCAGCAUCUACCUCAACAUACGUCGGAGGAGGCUCCGGAACAGAGAUGAGACGAGUGGACAGGCCCACGCGCCUGAUGGACAGCCCCCUCCCCUGGGGAGAGGGGAAUGCCUCCGCCUCACUUCCCUCUUCUCCCGGAACUCGGUAGUGGUUAAGAAGCUGUCUAGCACUGUGUCGGUCCAGGAGAGGGGAUCAGGCUCGGGGUCCUUCCACUCCCAGAUCUUCCAUCCCCCCUUGGAGCGGCAGGACACCUCCACUAGGGGCACACAGCGCAGCUGCCUGUCAAGGGACAAGAAGAUUGCCAAGUCGCUGGCUGUCAUCGUGUGUGUGUUUGCUGUGUGCUGGGCGCCCUACACCCUCCUGAUGAUCAUCAGAGCCGCCUGUAAGGGACGCUGCGUCCAGCACCACUGGUAUGAGGUCACCUUCUGGCUGCUGUGGCUCAACUCGGCCAUUAACCCUUUCCUCUACCCGCUCUGUCACAGCAGCUUCCGCAGGGCCUUCGGCAGGAUCCUGUGUCCCAGACGGAGGGCAACUCAGCUGGCCACCAACUGACCUGCAGCAUGGCCAAUCACUUAAGGGCCUCUACUGUAUCAUGUGAUGGAUAGGCCAGUAGCCAGAGAAGUGGUGACCCAAAGGAGAUAAUCAAGACUAAAACUGAUACUUUAGCAAUGAACAUUUUUAAUGGAACAAAACAGAUUGUCUUAGAUGUGAUAGGCCAGUGGCCAGAGAAGUGGGGUGAAUCUCGAAAGCCGAAAUGACUCAAAGGUGAUACUACAUAAACUCAAAGGUGAUACUACCCACUGGCACAAACUGGUUGAAUCAACGUUGUUUCAACGUAAUUUGUCAACGUCUUGUGACGUGGAAUCUAAGUGGAAAAUACAAAAAGUCAUCAACUGAUGUUUUGAGGGUGAAAUUUCUACAACAGGAUUAUGUCGCCAUUGUAACCAAAUUUCGACCUAGACAAACCUUGUAAAAAAUAUAUACCUUUAAAACAUCUUUAAAAGAUCUUCAAUGUCAUAUCCACUACCAAAAUAAGAAAAAAAACAAUAGGCUGGGCAGCACCUCCUACUGGAGAAUGUAUUUCUGUACAGAUUCCCUUUGGUCUCCUACCCAAGGUUUUAAACAAGCCCAGCCCUGCUUAGCUAUGAUAUUUGUCACUGACUCUUACCAGUGCGAUAUCAUGAGAAUGAUUUUUGCGAGUUCUCCACUUAAUAAUGAUAUAGAUUCGCUGUUGCUCUCAAAGUCAUUCCAAAAAGGUAGGUUUUAAGUAGCAAAUGAAAAGAGACCAUACUUUAUCACUCAUGUACUGUAUCAUCAACGAUGCUAUUUAGGCCUAUAUACAGUAGAAUCUGUAAAGUCAUCAACAGGUAUUGUUUCAGUUCAGCAGGCCUAGGCUUUCAAACUCUGGUUGAUUUGAAAUGUAAUGAUAUGUAGUGAUAUUGAAUUGUGUUUGGUUGUCAACGCAACCAGAGAUCAACAUUUGAAGGAGUUGUAUCUUCUUUAUGUUCCGUCUGUGCCACUGACUUAAUUCAUCAUUUCUAUGUUUGAUUCACGUCUCAAACUCAACCAAAAAUCGAAGUUAAGGAAUAGGAUGGAGAUGGAGAAGUGAAUCUAACAUUAUUUGUAGAAUAACUGGAAUUGAAGCCAGACUUAAGUCAGUCGUACAGUUGGAACAUUGUAUUUUGUAUUUAUUAAGGAUCCCCAUUAGCUGCCUCCAUCCAGGGCAGCAGCUACUCUUCCUGGGGUCCAGCAACAUUAAGGCAAUUAUAUACAAUUAAAAAUAUUAC